GGACGACACUAGCCACAUCCUUGCACCUCCCGCUAGUCCACCAUCGCAGCACUUGAAGCCCUUCCCUUCACAUUUCUUCUCCCUCCCUCAAACUCUUCCUCCUCCAUCUUUAUCCCACACCCCCCCCUUCUCGCCACCAUCCCUUCAACCCUCCACCCACAUCCCUUCUCAUCAUCCCCGUUCCAUCUUGAUCAUCCCCUCCAUGCCAGCCUUCCCCCCCUCUCGGAUGAUUUAGACGCGUUCGCGAACCCUAUCCGUUCGCCGGCACCGCCCACGGUUUUCUCCAACAACGCGAACGGCAAGAUGGUCCUCUUCAAGCGGAAACCCGUCCAAUACGUCUCCCAGCCCGAGAUUGAAAAUGACGAGACUGAGGUUUGGGUCAUCCCGCAAACUGGCGAAGUCUUUGUAGACUAUGAACAAUAUCUUAAUCGAAUGGAUUUCUAUAAGCAACGGCGAUUUAUCUGUCAGAUCACUGGUCAUUCUGGAUUAACAUUCUUUGAUGCAUUAAAGAGCGAGCUAGCAGGCGCAGAAGAAGUUGAGCAAGCUUUCCCAGAAGCACUUAAAGGUCCAAUCCUGAGACGCGUCCAAUUUCAAACCAUUUCGCGAAUCGACACACUCGUCGAUCUUAUCUACGACGAAUACCGAUCAGACUAUUACCCCGGAGAGGCUGUGACAGUGAAUGUAGUUACGGGUGAGCGACUUACGGGCGUCGUCCGCGACAAGACACGCUUCGGAAGCAAGCUCUUACCAGACGGCACCCUCAGCCCGCCUUUCUCGCGAUACUUCGUCAGCCUAGACAACCGACCCAACGAAGAAGCAGUGGUGGACGACUCGCACAUUACCCGGGACCGCAAGAUCUUUACAAAACAGGUUCUACGAUCAUUCAUCAAGAAGACUGUAACGCGCGAGGCUUGGACAGGCGCACCUUGGUUGGUGAACCACGAUGUGGCACGUAUCUACCACAUCGACACGCGCGUGCCCCCACAUCUGCAGUACGAGAACAAAGCAGCGGAGCGGAAACAGAAUCAGCAGCAGAAGAAGGCCGGUCCAGAUUAUGAGGGGAUGGUAGGAAGCUUCCAAGGAAAUAACCCAGCGCGACUUCCGGAAUUGAAGCCCGCACCCAAGAGCCACAAGAGCAAGCAGCAGCAGGGCCAACAGGGCAAGACUAAACAGCAGCCGUUCUUGAAUCCUGCUCCUACGAACCCAGGUCAAUCCACAUUCUACCCUCCAGCACCCUUUGUCUCCCACACCUUUCAAACCAAUGGCCCGCCCCCACAAGUGGGCCCUCACUACGCAAACUUCCAUAAUUCUACAUUCGCCUUCGCACCACUUGCUUCCCUGCCUCCAGCACCUCCACCACCGCCUCCUAUAAAAUACCCGAUUGAGGAUUUGCAAGUGGCUCCCCGACAGGAUGGGCCGAAGCGACCGGCGCUCAAGUACUUUUCGCAGGAUACACCUCAAGAUGGUGAGGGCUCCACACAAGGAAAUGGCAUUCUCAUGAAGUCGGUUGGCCCGCUACUCGAGGCGUGGGACACCCUCAACGUCUACUGCGAGGUAUUCAAGCUCGAUUCUUUUACCUUUGACGACUUCGUUGAGGCAAUGCAAUUUUCCUCAGAAGAUGUUGAGUGCGAGUUAUUUGUGGAAAUUCAUUGCGCAGCUCUGAAGCUCCUAGUCCAAUCAGAAGCAGAUGGUGGUGAAAUUCAGGUUCGAUUACCGGAAAUGGAGGAGGAUAGUGAUGAGGAGUCGGAUGAAGAGGCGAGUGCGGCUCCCACACCAACUCCAGAACCCGAGCCGAAGCCACAAGGACGAGCAACGCGAAGCAGUAUAGCCAAGGCGGAGGCUGAGGCACUGAAAGCCGAAUCGGAACCAGUUCGUGAGCCAACGCCAGAACCAAAGGUCACUCACCGGGCAGCUGAGAUGCAGGCGGGCAUGGACUGGAUCGAGAAAUUGAGGAAACGCGACUUUAAGAAUGGAGGGUGGCAGGUCAUCAUGGUCGGAUUGUUAAAUCAACUCUCCAAGAACCCGCGACAGUUCGAAUCGUGCGAAGCUGUGCUGAGAGAACUAGCGCCGAUGAACAUGGAACCAACGCAGGAGACGGCACGCCGACAAUACGCCAGACUGGAUGUCAACCUUCGCAUUCAGGCCCUGCAGAUCGUUUGCAUGCUUACGGCAGAGACGAAGGCGAUCCGUGGUUACAUGGAGGAAUGCAGUAAUCAGAUGACGGAUUUCAGGAAGGAGAAGAUCCAGUACCAGCGUGAUCGUAAAAAUUAUCUCGAGGAACUGCGUCUACUGAAUGAAGAGCGGAAGGCCUUGCUUCCCCCCACCGAACCAGCAUCCGCGGCUGCAGACAAUAAAGCACCUAACGGCGAUGUGCCAAUGCCCGAUGUAGUUGAAGAAGAGAUUCAGGAUUCUAUUGACGAAACCAUUGAUACCGACGAUGACGCACAUCAAGGCCGGUCCCUCCGUCGUGGUCUCGAUCGCGCCGUCGAGAGGAAGCGGAAACGCGAUGCGGAACAAGAGAAGAAAGAGAAGGCUGAAGCGAAACCCCCUAAACAAUCGAAGCAACUCACGAAGCUCAUGAAGGAAAUUCAGAAGAAGCAAGACCAGAUCAAGGAAUGCGAGGAUGAGAUCGCCGUCCUGGACAACGAUCUCCGCGAAGCGGAUUGCCCUCGCACGCGUGUUCUCGGAAAGGACCGAUUCUGGAAUCGCUACUACUGGUUUGAACGGAACGGUAUGCCUUACGGAGGUCUCCCCGACAGCUCAACUGCCGAGGCUGGUUAUGCCAAUGGUUGCAUCUGGGUGCAGGGCCCCGACGAUAUGGAGCGCGAGGGGUAUAUCGACAUGAAGCCCGAAUGGCAGGAUGAGUACCGUGCGAAAUUCAAUAUGACGGUCCCGGAGCGGAAGAAGCUCGAGGAAGGUUCCACGAGCCUCUUCAACGCCCAUCAGUGGGGCUACAUCGAGGACCCGGAAUCGCUGGAUGCCUUGAUUGCAUGGCUCGAUACUCGCGGAGUCAACGAGGUGAAGCUGAAGAAGGAACUGCAGCUCUUCCGCGACAAGAUCGCCCGGCAUAUGGAGAAGCGCAAGGAAUACCUGAACCCGACGGAGGAGAAGUCGGUCGAUUCUGGAAAGCGGAUGUCGACGCGCCGGAAGGAGCAGCACGCCGAUCACACGGCACAUCGAUGCCUGGCCUGGCACAACAGCAUGGCCGUGGAAGAGUUAGGCCACUUACAUUCUGAGCAGCCGCGCACGAGGAAGCCGGCGAAGAAGGCGGCGGCCGCGACCCCGGCUGUGGAGGAGGAGCGGCCGACGCGGGGCGAGGCGAAAGGGAAGAAGGGAGAGAAAUCACAUGGGCGUCAAGCCACCCGCCACCACGGCUGAGACGUACCUAGAUAGGUUUUCUUUGCCGGUAGUAGUCUGGAUCGGCUUUUCGAAGGAUGCCUUUCUUAGAAGGGGGAUGGUGCCUUCGGGGAAUUCACGUCGGAAGAGAGGGAAGGGGGUCUGAAUGAAUUGGGAGCACGGAGUACUUUUGGGCCCGUCACGGGCGAGCAAUCGGCAUAUGGCGUUGCGACAGCUAAAAUGUGUGGCGGUGCAUA